AUGUCUGCGGCCUCCUCUUCUUCGACAUCAGCGUCUGCGGGACCGCCAUCGACCUCAGGGGAAGCCUCCAUCUCUUCCAACAGCAGCUCAUCUCCAUCCCUCAUAAUGCAGCUCAUUCUCCCACCUCAACUGCUCUCAGGCCCAGACGCCUGGCCUCGUGGCCCCCUUAUGACCCAAGCAGCGCACGCAGCCGUGGCAGCCCUGGUCAGCUCCCUCCCCCUCUCAGCUAACGCGCGCGAAUACGUUGGCACGCCUGAGGCUCUUCGCGGGAUGCACAAGGUCGCACUGAAAGGGCCAGAGAAGGGCGAGGCGGGCAAGGAGGGGUUGAGAGGGUUGAGUGACAAAUUGAAACGGGGGAGGGAGGAGUGGGAGCAGAGGCAAAAGAGCGGCAAGCUGGAGGAUGGGGAGGAGGAGUUCCCGUUACAUCAUCUUUGGAUCGAGCAGCCGGAGGAUGUGCCCACUUGCAUUGCUGUGGCACCGAAUCGGAAGCCUGCGGCACUCAAGAAGAUCCUCAACAAAUGCUCGCUGAUCAGGGACUGA